GCCCCCGUGUGUCUAGAAGGCCUCUCCCCACCCCCACCCCGUGUGAGUGUACUCCUUGGCAUCCUUGCCUGGGUUGGGUGUUGGGGAGCUCAAAUUGCAGCUACAAACUGGCUGGCAGCCAGGGGCCGUCUAUUUAAAAGCGCCGGCUCAACCGGAGCCCGUAGUCUCUUUGGAAACUUCUGCCGGGGGAAAAAGAGCUAGGAAAAAGCUGCAAAGCGGUGUGGGUUUUUUCCUUUUUUUUUUCCCUCCUCUUUACUACCCUCUCCUCUGUUUGCACCUUCCUUCGGGCUUCACGCAGAACCUGCGAAUUUCGAAAAGGUGCUAGCAGGUUGGGAGAAAAGAGGUGUUAGGAGAUUUGGUGUGUUUUCUUUCCUUUUUUUUUUUUUUAAAUUUCUUGAUUUCCACAUUUUUCCCCCACCUUCGCGGCUGCAGCCGCCGCCUCUUACCUGUUCCGCAGCAGCCGCGCGCCGCUGGCAGCUGAGGGUUAGAAAGGAGCAGGGUGUACUUUGAGAUUUUAAACAAAAAUUUUGAAGACUAAAUCUAUUUUUCUCCCCCCGCCCCCCCCAACCGCCUCUCCUCCACAACCUCCGAGCUCUUUUUUUCGGUGGUUGUUUGGAGGUGAACCAUUUUUGGCUCCCCCGCCCCAAUUCUGACCAGGUCAGACUCCUGGGGAGGAGGGUUUGUUUCUCCAACCUCCGAUUCUUCUGCGUGCACCUGGCGCAGAUCCCUUUCCCCCUACCUGUUGCAAGUCUGUAAUCUUUGCAAUUGAGACUUGCUUGCAGGCACUCCAGCCCUCCAUCGCUCCCUACAUUUUGCAAUUGUCCGGGGGAGGGCACCUGCUCUACCUGCCAGAAAUUUUUUUCCAAAAAGAACAACAUUGCUCCGCGCACCCUCCUGGCCCCUUUCUCCCGGCACUCUAACGCUCCUGCCCCGCCCCAGGUAAAGGGGGAGACUCGGAGAAGAUGGUGCUCACCGCGCUCCUCCUGCUUCUGGCCGCCUGUGCGGGACCGGCCCAGGGUCUGGGCUCCUUCGUGCACUGCGAGCCCUGCGACGAGAAAGCCCUCUCCAUGUGCCCCCCCAGCCCCCUGGGCUGCGAGCUGGUCAAGGAGCCGGGCUGCGGCUGCUGCAUGACCUGCGCCCUGGCCGAGGGGCAGUCGUGCGGCGUCUACACUGAGCGCUGCGCCCAGGGGCUGCGCUGCCUUCCCCGGCAGGACGAGGAGAAGCCGUUGCACGCCCUGCUGCACGGGCGCGGGGUGUGCCUGAACGAAAAGAGCUACCGCGAGCAAGCCAAGAUCGAGAGAGACUCCCGUGAACACGAGGAGCCCACCACCUCCGAGAUGGCGGAGGAGACCUACUCGCCCAAGAUCUUCCGGCCCAAGCACACCCGCAUCUCCGAGCUGAAGGCCGAGGCUGUGAAGAAGGACCGCAGAAAGAAGCUGACGCAGUCCAAGUUCGUGGGGGGAGCUGAGAACACCGCCCAUCCCCGGGUCAUCUCGGCGCCCGAGAUGAGACAGGAAUCUGAGCAGGGUCCCUGCCGAAGGCACAUGGAGGCGUCCCUGCAGGAGCUCAAGGCCAGCCCACGGAUGGUGCCCCGCGCCGUGUACCUGCCCAACUGUGACCGCAAAGGGUUCUACAAGAGAAAGCAGUGCAAACCUUCCCGUGGCCGCAAGCGUGGCAUCUGCUGGUGCGUGGACAAGUACGGGAUGAAGCUGCCAGGCAUGGAGUACGUGGACGGGGACUUUCAGUGCCACACUUUCGACAGCAGCAAUGUUGAGUGAUGCGUCCCCUCCCCGUCUUUCCCUCACCCCAUCCCACCCCCAGCCCCGACUCCAGCCAGCGCCUCCCUCCACCCCAGGACGCCACUCAUUUCAUCUCAUGUAAGGGAAAAAAAAAAUACAUAUAUCUAUCUAUUUGAGGAAACUGAGGACCUCGGAAUCUCUGGCAAGGUCGCAACUUUGAAAACGGCAACAACAGAGAUGUGAAAAGCUAAGGAGACCACCCCCCUCUUUUAAAAAAAGGUUUUCUUUUUGAGGCAAGUUGAAUGAACAAGGAGGGCAAGAGAGGAAGAACAAGAGAAAGAGAAGGGAGGAAAGCAGACGUGGGUAAGAGAGAGGAGGAUGCGUAGUCACGAGGAGAAGCAGAGCAUGGGCCAGAAGCAUCCAGCUUUACGUCCAGCCCUGGCCCGAGCUGGGCAGCCAUCAGGGCCGGAGCAGCGGCCGCCCUCAGUGUGGCCUUUGAUGCCACACCUGGAAUUUGCCCAGUUUGGAUGGGUCGCGGGGGGAGAAAGAAAAAGACAACAGGGGUCAGUGCCUCUCCUGGAUCAAUCUCCUCCUGCAGCCAGCAGCUCGCACAGCUCAAACCCUGUCCUUCCUCUCCUCCCACCCCGGCACUGUGUUCUCUCUCCCUCCAAUUUACAAAGAUGAAAAUGCAUUCCAUCCUUCUCAACACAAGGCAGAUUCAUAACUGAGUGAUACUCGAUGGUAGGUGUUCCUAAAGCAGAUCCAUGAAUAUGAAGUGUGUGUGCAUAUUUCACUCCCCAUGCAGACUCUGAGAAAUCAAUCCACACCCCGAUAGUGGGAAGACAUGUGCUUCCAGGGUGGCUAAAACUCAGCACCAAGUGAAGCCUGUGGUUUCAGUCCUUCAUUGCAUCCAAUUCACAGCUAACACAGCCUUCGUGGGGGAGGAUAGGCUGAAAAAAAAGUGGGCUUGUAUUUAUCUACAAGGCUCCAUAUAGUCAUAUAUAGGCAUAUAAGUCUAUUUUCUUUCUUUUUUUUUACCCCUUUCUUCCUUCCUUUCUGUCAAGGUUUGCAUUAACUUUUCCAAGUAGUUCCUCUGGGGGCAUUGAAGAGCAUCCUUAUUCUGGGGAAACCAAGAAAACCCAUAUUCUUCUAACACAACCCAUAAAACCAGUUUUGCCUGCCUCCCAUGAGCAGCAGCAAACUCAGCCCUCUGUGGGACACGGUGUUGAUUUUUUUUUUCAUGAUUUCCCAUGUACACGUGUGUUCAUGUACCACCAAGCCAGGUCGGUGAGCACAGCCAAUAGUGUACCCACCAAGCUCCCCAGGAUGUCACAUUCACCUUUAGACCCUUGGGAAGUUACUGUCUCUGGACCCUACACCCAGAGAACUCAAUUGGUCCAAGUUCAACCCCCUGGUCCUGCCCAGCAUUUUCAUUUCAUCUUGACAAAGCCUGCAUUUGGAAAGCCUCCCUCAGCCUUCAUACUGGCAGAGCAGGAGAGAGACGGACAUGAGAGAUGGCAAAAGAGGGAAAUGGAGGUGAAAAGUGUAAAUACGGGGAAACCAUAAAAGUGAUUGCUCAGGCCAGCGUAGAUGGAGUGAAGGGCAGAGAGCUGGAGAGACAGAGGGCUGACGGCCCCGUCCUAGCUUUGGAGCAAAGCAAAAAGAAGAGGGGACAAAGCCAGGAGACUCUUCCCUGGGUCCCCAUCUGAUUAGCCCUCUGGGAUUUAAGAAGAAGGAGAGAGAUUUAAGGAGAAGAAAAGGAAACAGGUUGUAAGAGAGAAAUGAGUUUAACCCAGCCCUGUGAGCCAGAGAAGUUGAGGAACUUUCAGUGGGUUCUAGAUCGUAGGAGCUGGACAAGAACAAGGAUAAGCAGAGACCGACUGUGGUUUGGAAGGGAAAAGUCUACGAGCUCACCUGCCCGCCUUCACCCUGCAGCAAGGGACGGAGGCUAGAGAGGCUUUCAAGCCCUUGGUCCACCCUGGCCCAUUCCAGCUUCUUUCCUGGGGUGGGAGAUGGCAGAAAGGCGCAGGACAAGCAGUGAACGGAUGCUUUGGGGCAGCCAAGAUUCUGAACCAAGAAAGCUCCCACCCUCCGCUGACUCCCCCCGCCCCCGCAACAAACGGGCAGCUCUGAGGAUGGAGAACUCUGGCCAGGAGACGGGGCUUGGACACAGCAAAGGAGAGCUCUCUCGCUGUGAAUGCAGCUCACACCCCUCUUCCCCGACGACAUGACACUGUGGAGACUACUCCAGCAUCGAACUCGGGGACAGUGCAGAGGGGCAGCUAAGGAGCAGAAAUACUUUAGCUGGUGGCAAGCCUGCAGCUCUGGGAUUCGCUAGGGGAGUGUCCCCGGCUCCCUCAGAGUGGACGGUUGGCUGGGAUGGGAGAGGCAUCGAUCUUCAUUGGACAAAGGGCCUGAUGGGGAUGGCAGCUGUGAGGACUUCCUUGACCUACUAUGUGUCCAUGUGGCCCCUCCCUGUGCCACUGUCCCCAAACCCCCAACCCACACUUCAACGUCUUAGGCCAGUAUCGUCAGCCUUUCCCACUUCACCCUUCUCUCCGCCCAUUCUUUCUCUGGAUCUUGAGCAGUUGUCUGAACUGGGAUUGCCACGUGGAUACUGGGGUGCCAUUCCCCCUAAGAAAAGACUGAGCCAGGAAUUUGCAGACCCCACCCCACCACCUCCCGCCAAGGCCUGGAUCCGGUUCCUGGUUCCUGAAAGGGGGCCGUCUUUUCCUCCUGCUGUUUACUGGACUUUGAAGGGGCCUCGGCUCCUUCCAUGGGCUCUUUGCAGUCAGCCACAAGGUGGGGGGUUAGGGCCUGCUUUAACGCCACCCCUGUCUUCAGAUCUCCGGGGCUGACGCUGACAACCCCAAAUCUGUGAGUCUCUCUCUAGUGCUUGCAGAGGGGGCGGGGAGACUCUGGUCCGCUGGCCACUCCCUAGAGGAUGCUGGGCCUUCAGGCAGAGCCCAGGGUGGGGGUCCAGGGGAGGGAAUCAUUGAGGAAAGUGAGGCCUCCCUGGGCAGGGUGGUGAGCAGGCAGGUAUGGCGAGCUGCCAGAUGUGAAGUUCCAAGCAGGGACCUUCUUGACCCCAGGCUGCCUGUUGGCCACCGUCUGCUCACUCAGAGGCCUCAGGCUCCAGGUUUUCCGUGGCCUCAAAUCUAAACAUUGGCCCGCAGCGCCAACAGGAGGUCUCGUCCCAUCUCCCUUUGACUCAGGCCUCACUCUAGCAGAGGAGACCUGUCUCCACCACAACUGCCAGGUGACUGAGGGGGUCCGAGCCAGGACUGAGCCCCUGCCCCACCUCAACCCGGGGAAAGCCGGCGGCCUGGGACAGAAGAGACUUGGAAGUUUCUCAGACAGCCAGGCCUGGAGAGACAGGCCUGGAGACAUUCAGCCCCAACUCGGGGGACGACAGGAGGCCCUGCGUGGGCCCACCUCCUGUCCCCUCACCCAUUUUCCCAUCACCACCUCUGUGGUCUCCAUGGUAACCCAGUGGGGCCAGCCUCCCCAGGGGGAGCGGGCCUGGACCACCGCUCUCCCCUCAUGCGGCCACCAAGCCCCCCUCUCUAUGUGGGGCAGUACCCCACCUGCAUCCGCUCUGCCCCGCAGGGCUCCAGCUCAGAUGAGAAUUGCAGAGAGGAGUGGGCCAAGGAGAAGCAAUGCCCCGGUCUUGGAGAAGACACAGUUGGCUUCCAAGAUUGAGGAAGCUGUAUUUUGAGAGGUGGUUGUACUGGGCGUUGUACUGUCUUUGUUUUUUUUAAAACCACUAAAGUGCAAGACUUAUUUUGCACUUUUCUCUACUUUUUUUUUUCUCAUAGGUUUUUUGGUGUCUUUUUUUAAGCAUCCUUUCUUGGUUCCCUAAUGGAGUAUGUAGUUUAGCUAUUUCUACAGACUCUGGCCUCCUCUCUUUAACUUUUUCUGGAUGGAGGAAAGGGGAGGUGGGUCAGCCACUCUGCACCCAUUUACCCCACCUCUCUGGUCCCCGGCCACCAGCCUGAGUCCCGGACCGUCCACCACCACCAUCACCACCAUCACACAGUAGCCCACAAGGAUAGACAGUUGUCAGACAAGAUUCCUUCAGAUUCCGAGUUGCCUACCGGUUUGUUUGUUUGUUUUUAGACAGCAAUAAUCACAGCACAUAUUACUGUAGUUCUUUAUAGUUUGACAUACAUACAUACCAUAGUGUUAUUCUCUCCUCUUUUUUUGUUUUGACUUUCCUGUUUUUAAAUAAGUGCUCAUAAUCUUUACUGGUGAAAAGGAUGAAAAAUUAACCAGCAAACAAAACCUGUUUGUGGAAAAAAAAAAA